AUGGGUGUUUUGGUGUCCUGCCAAACUACACCCCCAGAACUACCACAGGCCAACCCUGCUAUGGAAAAAGACGAUUUAAUAAGACAUUUUCAACAAGGUUAUUCCAAUAAUGAAAUAGCUGUCUUUCUGGCUCUACAUCAUGGAAUUGUUUUGUGUGUACGCACAAUCAAACGAAUAUUAAAAAGACUAAAUUUAAAAAGAGCGAGUAAAAGGAAUCAUUCAUCGGUGGAGUCAAUCAUACGCGCUAUUUUGCGAGAACUGGAUAGUUCAUCCGGAUCAUUUUUGGGCUACAGGCUAUUAACACAAUGCCCGAGACGAAAAUACAAUUUGAAUGUGACUGAAGACAUUGUUAUGACCUAUAUUCGUUUUAUUGAUCCA